AUGCCAUGUGAACGUUUUGAGGCCAUUUCUAAGAACUUGCACUUCUGUGAUGAUACAAAGAUCAGUGAUUAUCAGGGCCAAAAGGGGUUUUUCAAAAUUUUCUCUGUAAUUGAACAUCUGAACGCUAGGUUUCAAUCCUCUUAUAGACUGUCUCAAAAUAUAUCCAUCGACGAGUCUCUGACAUUGUGGAAGGGCCGUUUGGGCUUCAAGCAAUAUUUGCCCCUAAAAGCAGCCAAAUUCGGGAUAAAAUCGUUUGAUAUAUGUGAAUCCUCCUCAGGCUUUACGUGGUCCUUCAUUGUAUAUACCGGAAAAGGCAUGGUCUUUGAUAAUCCUAUCAUCUUACCUAAAUCAAACAUGUCCACUGCGAUUGUUCUCUCCCUUAUGGAGCCACUUCUUGAUAAAGGAUUUACUUUGUUGAUGGAUAAUUGGUAUAAUUCCCCUGAGCUUUCAAAAUUAUUAAAAGAAAAAAAUACAGACACAUGUGGCACCCUAAAAUUAUCAAGGAAAAAUGUUCCAGAUGAAAUCAAAAGUCAAAAAUUAGAAAAAGGAGAAAUUGUAGUAAAACACAGUGGAGAUGUGAUGGUGAUGAAGUGGCACGACAAAAGAAUCGUCACUCUCAUUUCUACCUUCCACUCCCAUGAAAUGGAGCAAAGACUUAGCAAGAAUGGGAGGCAAGAAAUGAAGCCAGCUUUGGUGUAUGAAUAUAACAAGCAAAUGGGAGGGGUUGAUAUGAGGGACCAAAUGCUGCACGCAUAUCAGCUAGAGAGAAAAAGGGGCUUGAAAUGGUACGUAAAAAUAUUUAAACGCCUUUUGAAUAUUUCUGUAUUGAAUUCCUUUAUAAUCUGGAAAUCUAAUACCCAGAAAAUUGACCACAUUUCCUUUCGAUUAGAUCUUAUAAAGAUGCUUUUUGAGACCCAUGGCCCUGAAGUACCAAGACCUGUUUUCGGAAGACCUUCAAUUGAGCCGAGACCUGCUAGACUUACAGAAAGGCACUUCAUUUACCUGAUACCACCUACAGGAAGUAAAGUAAAUGCACAAAAGAGGUGCUGUGUAUGUGCAAAACGGGGAGUAAGAAGAGACAGCAGAUAUUGGUGUCCCAAGUGUGAAGCAGGACUGUGUCUUGGAGCAUGCUUCGAAGACUACCAUACAAAGGUUAACUUCUAA